GAGACCCCCGUCAGGAUGGAGCGGUGGUCAGGUCGUGUGGCCCUGGUGACUGGUGCCAGUAUGGGGAUCGGUGCCAGCGUGGCCAGGAGGCUGGUGGCUGAGGGCAUGAAGGUGGUGGGAGCAGCUCGUAGCAUUGACAAACUACAGGCCUUGGCAGCUGAAUGCAAGGGUCAGCGAGGCACGCUGAUCCCUAUCAAGUGUGACCUCACCAAGGACGAGGAGGUGCUGGCCAUGUUCGCCAAGAUCAAGAAGGACCUCGGAGGCGUGGACGUGUGUAUCAACAAUGCAGGAUUCACCCACAACAAGUCCCUGCUGGAGGGAAGCCCCAAGGAGUGGCGUGAGAUGAUGGAUCUCAACGUUGUGGCUCUGUGCUUAUGUACGCGCGAGAGUAUUGCUUCCAUGCGAGAACGCGGCGUUGACGAUGGGCACAUCAUCCACAUCAGCAGCAUUGCCGGACACCGUGUCAACCCCAAUAAAGCUAUUCACUUCUACGCCGCCACCAAGUUCGCCGUCACAGCACUCACUGAGGGAUUGAGGCAGGAGCUGAGGGAAGCUAACUCCAACAUCAGAAUAUCGGCCAUCAGUCCCGGUGUGGUGGAGACUGAGUUUGUAAUGAAUGCCCGCUUGGCAAAGGAUGCAAAUGCAGCCAAGAAGCUCUACAAGGAGCGCGGGAGCAUGAGUGCGGAUGACGUCACCGCCACUCUUGUCCACAUUCUCGGUGCCCCUCCCCAUGUUCAGAUCCAUGACGUGCAGCUGCGUCCCGUAACGCAGGUUAUCUGAAUGGGGUAGGUCCAACUCGGACCAUCUCCAACUCGGACCAUUCUGAAAUGCCAACUCGGACCAUUCGGAAAUACCAACUCGGACCAUUCUGAACGACCAACUCGGACCAUUCUGAAAUACCGACUCGGACCGUCAUCUCAACCAACUCGGACCAUUCUGAACGACCCACUCUGGCCAUUUUUAAUACAAAUUUGAACCAUUCUUUAUUCCAACUCGAACUCAAGAUCCAAACUGUAGGUGAAUCAUCCGAAUCAUCUUCUCACCCACACUCAUGUCCAGCCCAGGUUUCAUUUCUUGACCGGUUAUGAGGCAUCUCGACAACUCUCACCCCCAAUUCUCGGAAAAGAAAGGGGGAAUUCAGAUGGUUCACCCCCAACUCGGACCAUUGCCUACUCGGACCAUUUUGCCAGGAGGGACAUGUGGACCCCCCCACAUGUAUGAUGAACCGGUAAAACUAGAGAAUUACAACAGUAUGUGAGACCUGGGAAAGGUUAUUAUUCUCGUAGGGGCAAUAUUGGAGGCGCGUAGUGAAUCUCCAUACAUAACCCCUGCAUUAUAAUACAGAUCCAGAUCCAGACCCAAAAAAAUCUGCCAAAAUUAGGACUUGAACUACUACUACUACUACUACCAAACAUCUUUCAACUACUACGCUCACAUGCAUACUGACUACUGACUACUACUAGCUCACAUGUUUAAUAAGAGGCAUUCACCUGUGCGCCUUGGGGUCCGGCCAGCAGCUUCUCCCUGUCACAAGAAUCCAGUAGACAUCAUAGUCUCUUCUUGUCUCCUUUAGU